CACCCAUCCGGACGUGACGACUGAGAAGCACACUCCGAAAAGUUCCGAGCCUGACGUCCAUUCUACUUCCUGCCUACAUCUAUCUAAUCACCGUACUAAUCGCUACUCGCUUCUACUUCUUUACCACUUGCUGCUUUCUCUCCAUCUUCACAUCACACAGCGCAGCCAUGCAAGCCUCACGAGCAUUCACCCGCGUCAUUGCGGCCGGCAGCAAGACGUCUACCCGCCAGCUCUCCAUGACGGGCCCAGCAACCUUCUCCUCCCUCCUCACCUCAGACAAGCCCAUUGCCGGCGCCAAAUCGUCGACUCCUCGUCUGCCCGCAUCAGCCACGAUCCCCGUGCCCGAAGCCAGCGAGACAGGCAGCAAAGUGCGCCAUUUCAACACAAGUCGCAGCCUCAAGGCCGUCGGCGACAGCUCGACCAUCGACUUUGCGUAUAUCCCAGACUUUGAUCCUGACCUGCGCAGCGCACCGGUCGAGUUCCGCGUGCCCAUCCUUCCCUGGAUCAACCCCUCGGAGACAGUUCAGGCCGAAGUGACAGAGGCUGAGGAACCGGUCAUGGUCCCCACCAUUCACACUGUCGCCGCAGACGGAACGCACAUCCACGCUCCCUCCGCCAUGUCAGACAUGACAGACAGCAACACGGUUGAUUUCCAAGGCAUGGCGGCGCAGGUUGCCAAGGGAUUGACAAAGCCAAUCGUAGACGGCGAGGGUAUGACGAGGCAACUUUGGACCGGCCUUGUGGAGGAUAUCCUGGGCCCCAAGGCGAAGAGAUCGUGAGGCAACUACUUAACCUCGUUGCUGGACGUUGGUGUAAUAUCCUCUAGCUACUGUGGGCUCACAGCAGCUGGUACACAGAGGCUUCAGGAAGGGAGUGGCUCGGACUGCAAUGGUGGCCAUGGUCUAUCUUGUCUGUUUGUCCGGGUUGGUAGUCCUUCCUAUGUGUUUUCCUUUUUACGGCGGUGAAAUGGUCAGGUCUUGCUUGAAGUGCUCAGGCUCAUGAGAUCAUGAAAUCUAUUUAAUUCUUCCUUCAUGUUCUCUUAUCAUCCCUGUGCAAGUUCGAAAGGAUCCAAUUACACCCUCCUCAGGAUUUCAGCCAGUAUAGCGGAUCCCGCUUGCUG